GGUAUUGCGGGAUUUAUUAUAAAAAAUAUAAAAAUUUCUCGAAAAACGGUGCAAAAAACAUAAAAAAUUAAUUAUAUACUUCCCUGUUGAUUUCUUUUGACUUUCUAGUGAUUUAAAAAAAUGUUGUCCAGAGCUUAUCUUUUAGCAGGUAAAAAAAUCCGAUGUAUCCUGAAUGUGAGAAGAACUGUUCAUAAUAAAACUUGCCUUCCAUCACCGCCUCCACCUCCGGUAUGUCCCCCUCCUCCUGUUUGUGAUCAAGAAGUCGAUGAUGAAAAGAAAAAGAAAUCACUACAAUGGCCGAGACCUGUCCGCGCUGAAUUCAGUGGAAAAGUACGUUUAGGUUUCAUUCCAGAUGAAUGGUUUCAAGCAUUCUAUGAUAAAACUGGUGUUACAGGACCUUAUGUCUUUUUGAGCGCUGUUUCCAUUUUUUUAAUUAGCAAAGAAAUUUAUGUCAUGGAUCAUGAAUACUACACUGGACUGUCAAUUCUCAUAAUGAUUAUAGUUGCUUCAAAAAAACUUGGACCUAUUUUAGCUGCUUAUCUUGACAAAGGAGUUGAUGAUAUUGAAAAAGAAUGGAAUGAUUCUAGAGAACAAUCAAUUAAAGAUUAUGAACAAGCCAUUGAAGAUGAAAAACGGGAACAGUUUUAUGCUGAAGGACAAUGUAUACUUAUGGAAGCAAAACGAGAAAACCUUGCUUUGCAGUUGGAAGCUGCAUAUAGAGAAAGACUUAUGCAAGUGUAUCAAGAAGUGAAAAGACGAUUAGACUAUCAAGUUGAAAUACAGACUGUUCAACGUAGAAUUACCCAAAAACAUAUGGUUAAUUGGGUGGUUGACAGUGUAUUAAAGAGCAUUACACCAGAACAGCAAGCAGCUACUUUACAUAAGUGCAUUGAUGAUUUACAACAAAUUGCUACAUCCCAAAGCACUGCGAAAUCGGAAUAA